CCAAGUGCCAAAAUUUAGAUAAAAGUACAUAGGUAUAAAAUUUAUUUUUAGAAAAAAGAAGAAAUUGUUGUAAUAACAAAUACAGCUUGCAUUAUCUAAAUCUAUUAAAAAUGAGUGGUGAUGUAUUACAAGUGAGCCUUAAUUGAAUACGGCUUUCUAGGGAGUAACCCAUCCAAGGCAUUGAAAUGUGUAAUCAAUAAUAAUUUAUCGAUGCUAAUUGUACUUGUGGUGCGUUGAAAGCGCGUGGUGGUAACUGCAGACAAAUAUCAGUGGCGUGAAAAAUAAAUCUAUAACAUUAAUCAGUUUUCGAACUAUGCAUAUACAUGAAAAACAACAAUGCCUCGGGAUAUAUUAAGUGAUAGCCUAGCUGUAUUACGUAUUGUAGAGCAUGAAGAUGAAGAAGAUUGGCCACUUGAUGAUAAAAUGUCGUGCAAACAAACAGCAAAGAAGCCAGUGAACGCAGCAAGCAAACCACAGGGACCCGCCAAGGAUGACUGUGCCUGUUAUUACAACUAUGGUCUCGGAGAUGCCACAACAAACAGACAGAAUGACCCUGUAUACCAGUACAAGACCAACAGCCUGCCAACGACUGGCAUUAUACAAACAUGGGAUAACCUGGUGUGUUCUGCGUUACGAAUAUCACCAGAGGAUAUAGCCAAUCAGCUGUCGUUGUUGGAUCUAUCUUGCUUCAAAGCGAUACGGCCAGAGGAGUUGGUUAACUGUGGGUGGACUAAAGUGAACAAAGCUACCGUGGCACCCAAUGUUGUGGCGUUCACGAAGAGGUUUAAUAGGGUAAGCUUCUGGACGGUGCAAGAGAUACUGAACGGGCAGUCACCGAAGGCGAGGGCGGAGACAUUGGCUCAUUUUAUCAAAGUCGCGAAGAAGCUGCACGAUCUGAACAACUUGCACUCACUUUUCGCGGUUAUAUCAGCGCUCCAUAGUGCAAGCAUCUACAGAUUGUCGAAAACAUGGGCGUGUCUAUCGAAAAAGGACAAGCAAUCGUUCGACAAGAUGGCGGAGUUGUUCGGCGAAAAGGACAACUGGACCGCGCUCAGAGAGUACAUGAGGAGUAUACCCUUACCCUGCAUACCAUAUUUAGGCAUCUUCCUCACGGACCUAGUGUAUAUAGACAUGGCGCAUCCCGCGGGUUCUCCCCACCGGGCCACCAAGAUGGCGGUCGUGCUGAAGGCCCUAGAACGGUACCAGACCUCCGAGUACGAGAUACCACCCGUUGCACAUGUGGCCAACUUCCUGAACAGCGUCCGGUAUAUUGAAGAGCUCCAGAAGUUUCUGGAAGACGAUCAAUAUAAGUUAUCCCUAAAGCUGGAGCCGCCGUCCCCUGUAGGCAGCCGUUCAGGGUCCAAAGAUUCCAUCAUCAAGGAGGCCCCAGGGUCCAGCCCGUUAACGCUGUCCCCGUCGCACCGGCAGGGCUCCGGGUCCCUGCGGGGCCAAGGGACCUUCACGCAGAACAAGUUUGUGCCGACCCACCGGAAAUGCAGAUCGCUAGGAUCCAAGAUUCGAAGUGCGAGCUUGCCAAGAAAUUUUCACAAGGUCAAUUUUGGUGUUGGUAUAUUCGGCAAGGGCCACUCGGAAGACAAGGAUGGCAAGACGCCUGCCGGUUCAGUUAAUUUAUUGGAUGAUACUCUGCUUGAAUCUCCCAGCUCUAUGGUGGAUAAGAUGUCGGAAUCGCUGCCUUUUACCGAUCUCUCAACGGCAGAAGCAAUAGGCUGCGACUACCAGAGCUUCGUGCGACGGAAAACAAUAGUGAAGGAUGGAAGGAAGAUUUCACUGUCUUCUUGGCAACGCUAUUGGUUGCAGCUCACGGCCAAUAUCAUGAUAUUCUUCGCGUCCAAAUCUUUUAAGGGCACAACCCGCAGCGACUUCAGCAAGGAGCGCUGCAAGGUGCUGACGCUGCACGCGGGCUGGCGAGCCGUCUGGCUCGAGACGGAGGCCAGCGACGCGUUCCAGUUGCUCGACCAGCACGCGCACACCGUGUACAAGUUCAAAACCGGGUCAGAAGCGAUUGCAAAACAAUGGGUGAUGAAAAUAAACGGCGUCACGAACAAAAUGGUGCAACCCCUGCCGGCGAAUCUCAUGUCCUUCGAGUAGCGUAAGCACUAGAUUAUGUUACUUAAGUGCAACUUACGUGCGACUUAAUUGCAACUUAAGUGUGUCUCAAGUUAUCACGGAUUGCUACAAUAUAGUACACGGAAAAGUAAUUUACGCAACUUUUUUGUAGAUGGCAGGAUACUGAGUUUCGUCCCGUGUUUAAUGUUUAAUAUGAAAUAAGCAAUGUUUGUGUAUAAUUUUAUUGUAUCGGUUGAUUUUGCAUGUUAUUUAAUGUAUAAUGUGCUAGGUCGGGUUCGUUAAACACGAAUUUAUACACAGUAUCUUCGAAACUGUGACGUGUUGAGUUUUUAAGGCGAGAACUUUCUGGAAUUUUCUAGAUAUACAGCGAAGAGAAAUUGUUUUGGUCAAUGUGUUGCAUGAAUGAAAUUGUCGAUACGGCAGUCGCUAAAAAAAGUUGCAUGGAUAAUGAAAUUGAAGCGAUAAUUUUAAAUACGAUAUUAUACGUCAAGCGCUUGGAUUUAGACAAUAAAUCUAUCAUACAAGCGUUGAACAAUUUGUAUAAAUAUUUAGCGAUAAGUUAUUACUUAUAUGGGAAUACUUUCGAUUUAACACUAUAAUAUUAUUUUAUGCAUGUAGAUUAUAAUUAUCAAGAGGCUUAAUCUAGGUUAUAAGUGCAAAUGUGUUCGGAAUCUCAGAUUGCAUUAGUGUGCAAUGUGUCCGCUAGGUGGCGUUAUUCCUAAUUACGAAAAACAUGAUUUUUCGUAUGCCCCUAUGUAUGUUUGCGGUUUAUGAAUGAUAUCGGAAACUAAUAUGCUUGCCAAAAAAUUAUUUCGCACGGAAAAUUAAAAGUACAAGUGGUUUUUUUACCUUACGUAUAAUAUUAUCUGUGCACUGUAGAAGUUAUUCUUUUGUUUCUAUUUCGAUAUUAUUUUGUUUGUUUAAAUUUAUGUUUUUGUUUGAAAUUUGUGUUUAAUUAUAAUGAGCUACUGAUUUUCUUUUUUUGGUUAAAAAGAAAUCGGAAUUUUUUACGUAAAUUGUCUCAAAUUAAUUUAUAAAUACGGAUAUGGCAGCCAAUGAUUACCUUUUAUAAACAGUUAUAGAGGUCGCAGGUUCGAUUCAGCAAAAUAGUUAUUUGAAAUCUUUUAAAAACAAAUGAUUUAUUCCAUAUUAUGUUAAGGGUAGAUUUUUCAAUCCUUAGUUAAAACUUAUUCGUCGAGUAUCGUAUUAGACAACCACUAUAAAAAUGUGUUACUUGCCCACUUUUUGACAGUUUUUAGAUGGCAUCUGUAUAUUAUUGUGUAAUACUUUAAUGGACGGAUAAGAUUGGACGGAGAAGACCAAUGAUUGAAAAAUCAGCUCUAAAACAUUUUAUUGUCCGGUAUAUCGCGUCAAUUAACUACUGAUCUAUUAAAUGUCAAAAUUCUCUUAGUGAAUAAAUAUUUUUUACGUUUGUACAGAACGAAAUAUUAUGAUCAAUAAAGGGGAGAAAGGGGUAAUGGGAGUGUCUUAUAAAAACACCUCAUAGUCUUGUUUUUUACAGUCUUGUAUUAUAUUUUUCUUUCCUCUCAUAUAUCUGUUUUAUUUUUCUUGUCUUUUCUUAAUUUCUUUUGGCUUCUCACAUAUCGUUUUUUACUUUUCUGUCGCUGCUUUUUUUUAAUUAUAUUCUUUUGUGUAAUUCUUAAAAGACUUUGAUGGUACCGUGCUGUAAAUGUAAUGGCACUUUCAACAUUUUACAAACCUAAUCGCAUAUUGCUAUUCAAAAUUCAAAAAAAAAUAUUUUUCAAUUAUUAUUUUAUUCGACUGUAUUUUUUGUUUGUUACCUUACUUUUGACUGAUUUUGAUGAUAUUUUUUAAUAUUACUGAGUGGACACAAUCAUACCUUCCAAGCGCUUGGCGUAAGCUUAGCGGACUGUGGCAAGGGUGUUGUGACCACGAUGGCCCACUGACUCCCAUCACUUCUCUUCCUUUACUUCGAUUGUGAUAUUCGUAAAUCUGUUCAAAUUCAUUGUCACAAAUGUAGAUUAUUUUUAAAGUAACUGUAUUAAAUAGUUUAUUUCGGAAUAAACUUUCAGAGAUAAUUACAUAUACUUCAAUUAGUUUAAUAAUUAAUAAAAAAGUAAUUGACGUAGAUAAAUUUCAUAUUCACUUUGUCACUUAACAUAAAAAGUACACUAUAUACCGUCACUUUAGUGAAAAGAUAACUUGGUUCACUCGAAUACGUAUGGUGUUAUUUUUUGUUUUUUUUUGUUAUGUUUAUCCUAAGUGCUAGUGACGUCACUAAAAUUAAUUUAAAAUUAUCUCGGUCUAAUUUUGUGCACUACUGAUUUUAAAUUAAAUUUAGUUUGUCACGUUAUACUCAACUCGAAUGUUUUUUUCUAUUUAAUAAAUCAUAUAUUUUUGUAUCAUUUUA